UUGGCGCUAAUAUCCAAUACCGGUUCAAUAGGGGAUGUCGAUGGUUUCUGGGUGGUUUCGCUCAUUCGAUAUUGCGGCGUAACUUUGGGAUGCGCCGAUAAUUUGCCAUGGAAAGAGCGCGAAGAACAGUACUAGUGCUCAGGAACAAUUGGAAGAAGUCUGUGUUCGCAUCAGUUUGUGUCUUUUAUGGUACCAGAUACGCACAUUCUAAAUACAGGGAGUCGCAGUAUCUUCGCCAAGUUUGUCUGGAAGCGAAGGCCUAUGGCGAUGUUCCCCUGCCAGUAACCGCCAGGCCACGUCAUGUGACGGUCAUCCUGAACCCAACGGCCAAUGAUGGGAAGUGCCGUGCUCUGUUUGACAAGUAUUGCGGCCCUCUUCUGAACUUGGCCGGCCUCAAGGUUGGCAUCGUGAAAACAGAAAAGGAGGGCCAGGCUAAGGACCUCAUGGAAAUCAUGGAUAACACGGAUGCCGUGAUCGUGGCCGGUGGAGAUGGAACAGUCGCCGAGGUGGUAACGGGCCUGCUGCGGCGCGCCGACCGGUUGCAGGCGGUGCGCCGCCUCCCGCUGGCGCUGAUCCCGCUGGGCAACACCAACAGCGUGGCGGCGGCGCUGCUCGGUCGCACCGAGGCCGACCAGGCUACGCGCAUCACGCAGGCCACCAUGGCACUGGUGCGCGAGACCAUCCGGCCGCUGGACGCCAUGGAGGUGCAGGCGCUGGAGACGGAGGCCGAGGUGCCCGGCCGACCGGUCUAUCUUCUCUCCGAGAUCUCCUGGGGGGCCUUCAGGGACGUCCAGACCAAAGUACGCAAGUACUGGUACUGGGGCGGUCUCAAGGAGCGUAUGGCGUACGUGUUCAACGUUGUCAGAGACCUGACGUGGAGCUGCGACGCUGACAUGGAGUACGCUGCGUUCUGCGCCGGCUGCAGCCGCUGCUACCAGCAGCAGCAGGCUGAGCAGCAGCAGCAGCAGCAGGCUGAACAGCAGCAGCAGCGGGCAGCGAACACCCGCUGGUGGGCGCGGCUGCUGCCCCAGCCCAGGCCAGCCCCCAAACCGGCCCAGCCUGAGACCGACUACUCGACGGUGGACAACCCGGCGUGUGGCGUGUGGCACCAGCGGCCCGUGUCCGCCGUGGAGUGGCGGCUGCGCACUAGCCACAUGCAGCCAGAGUCGGGGCCUGGGCUCCACCUGCGGAUAGGGCCUGACUCGAUGACGUCGGCGGAGUUUGUCGGCGAGGGCUGGAGCCGGGCCGCCGGCCGUCAGCCGGCACCCGCCGAGGAGCUGACCGUGGGCCAGGUCCGGCUGGUCCCCCACCCGGAGAAGCGGAGCACCACCGCCGGUGACACGCCCAACACGCGCUGGUUCGGGUUCGACAACGAGGAGUUCGAGGUGCGGCCGGUGCUGGUGCGGCUGCUGCCGCGGGCUGUGCGCGUGUUCACGGACGGCGCGGCGCCGGCGGGUACACCCAGCUAGUGACCGCCGUCCGACCCGACCUCACGUGGCCUAGGAGGGUGCGGUACGCGAGGAACCGACUGUGGUGCGUCGUGAUGCCGCGUGCAGGAGUUUCACGGGCCUCCAGUGUUCUGCGGGUGCAUCAGAUGGGCUGAGGAGUGAGGGAGGCGCGGCGGGCAUGGUUGGUGCUAUGGGGUGUGCGUUCGGUUAAAAGGAGUUUAAAUGCAUCAGAAUGUGGCAAGAUAUCACAUUGUUUGCAAGCCUCGUAUGUUGGGCUAUCCAAAUGCUCUUUACGUUGCUGUAUUUUGGCGAAACUGCGUUUAGUUCAAAAGCCAACCACGACAUACCCUAGUUUGUUUUUAAUGUCAGUCGGAUAGCAAAUGUCUGUCUUGUCGAAAAUGAACCGCUAAAAGUCAUUCACCAUGACCUUGGCCCAGUUUUCCUCAAGCGAAGCCCCGAACGUAGGCGCUUUCCUCAUGCCACCGUGGAAAUUUACGGGCCGGGGAAAGGAAACUGCGUUUCAUUUUCGGAUGUGUUAGUCGUUCGUGGUUAGGACGAGUCGGUGAGCUCAAGUUGACGAAAACUACGCCCAUGUGGCGUGAAUCCAGACCGCGGAACCCUCAGUUUCAUUCCGCGAAACUAGGCCCAGGAUAGGGACCAGUGAUGCGUGGCCUGCCAUAUUGUGGCCUCUCCCACUGGCUGCAGGCCUGUGACAUGAGCUGACUGUUCCGGCGGAAGAUCGCACCGGUCUUGACAGACGCCGGCGCCCGGGUUCAGCUUCAGGCCUGGCGUGGCGGCGGCCUCCACCCAGUGUGAGAAGCGUAACUUGUGUUACGUUCAGUGGAGAAAAUGUCAUUUGCUACACCGUUUCAAUCGUUUUUAUCGUGUCAGUGCCUGAUGGCGAGCAUCUUUAUUUCGAUGUGAGCGAGCGCAAACUAAAAAAAAAACUCCCCAAAAGGGACGCGAAUAAAUGGCUUGAUGCAGACAGAAGGUGUA